AUGAGAGAGGGUGAGGUGGAUGUCGCUCAGAACUGCAGCUACACACUACAGAGCCCCAACGGGUCCAUAGAGAGCCCUGGUUAUCCGUAUGGCUAUCCAAACUACGCCAACUGCACAUGGGUGAUCGUGGCAGCAGAACAUAACAGGAUACAGCUGGUGUUUCAAGGCUUUGCCCUGGAGGAGGACUUUGACAUCCUGUCAGUUUACGAUGGACCUCCCAGUCCUGGAAACCUGCGCACAAGUGCCAGUCCGUGCACACUGCAGCUCAGCGUGAGUGUGUGUCUCAUUGAUGGUGGGAUAAAGCAGGGCGGGGCUCUUUGCUUCACACUUGUGGUGAAGAAACUGGAAGAUGCGUGGAUGGGACAGAUUUUGGCCUAA